UUCGAGCUAUAUAUACAGAAGCUGCAGGCAACACAUAUUUGUUGAAGAAAAAAGGUUUUCCACACUGCUGGUGAGACGAGAGAUGGGAUAUCUAGAACUCAUCGUUGGAGCUCUAACCGUGGCCUUGACCACAUGGAUAUGGAGCUUUCUGGUUUCGUUUGCUUGGAGGCCAUAUUUGAAAGCAAAAAGGUUGAGGGAACAAGGCGUUGGGGGUCCCAAAGGCAGCUUCUGGUCUGGAUGUGCAGACGAGAUCAAUCAUAUGAAGGCUGCUUGCGGAGAUAUGGUCUUCGACAUCAACUCACAUGAUUAUCUUAACAAAAUUUUCCCUCACUAUAUCAAGUGGAGUUCUCAGUAUGGAGGAACAUUCAUUUAUUCCAUAGGAGAGAAAACAAGGCUUUUCAUCUCAGAUCCAGAGCUUAUAAAAGAAGUACUAUCCAAUAAGUUUGGUUUCUACAUGAAGCUUGACCCAGGUGCCGGCAUCACGGCUCUACUAGGAAAAGGAUUAGUUCUAACUGAUGGUGAGCAGUGGACAAGACACAAGAGAGUUGUCAACCCGGCUUUCACAAUGGAAAGAAUUAAGACAAUGACAAGAACAAUGGCAGAUUGUGCAAAAUCAAUGCUUGAUCAGUGGCAGGACAAGAAAGAAGUAGAAGUUGGGAUGUAUUUACAGGAACUAACUGCUGAUGUUAUCUCACAUACAGCCUUUGGAAGUAGCUAUUCUGCUGGAAAAGAAGUCUUUCUUGCACAAAAAGAGCUUAUAAUGAUCGUUCUAGCUUCCUUUCUUAAAUUAGAAUUUCCUAUAAAGAAGUAUCUUCCUACAGAAAAUAACAAGCACAGAUGGAAGCUUGAAAAGAAAUUGAGAGGAACCCUUAUGAGCAUCAUAGAAAAUAGAUUAGCUUCCAAGGAAAAAGGUUAUGGAAAUGAUCUGCUUGGCCUUAUGAUGGAGGCUUGCAAUACAGGAAAUCAAGGAGAAACAAAUUUGAGCAUCGAUGAGAUUAUAGAUGAGUGCAAGACAUUCUACUUCGCUGGGCAUGAAACCACCUCCCAUUUACUAACCUGGACAAUGUUUUUGCUGAGCACACACCAGGAUUGGCAGGAAAGGCUUAGAGAAGAAGUGCUUAGUGAAUGUGGAAAGCAAAUUCCUGAUCCAGAUAAAAUUACCAAAUUCAAAUUGAUGACAAUGGUUAUCUUUGAAGUCUUGAGGCUAUACAGUCCAGUGUCUGUAAUUGCUAGAACAGCACGUAAGGAUAUAAAACUGGGUAACCUGAUGAUACCAAAAGGCAUGGACAUAAUAAUUCCGAUAGCCAUUAUUCAUCACAGCAAGGAAUUAUGGGGUCCUGAUGCAAACGAAUUCAAUCCGCUAAGAUUUGAGAAUGGAGUCUCAAAGGCUGCAAAGCAUCCUAAUGCAAUGAUGGCGUUCUCCAUUGGACCAAGAGCCUGUGUCGGUCAGAAUUUUGCAUUAACGGAAGCCAAGACAGUGCUCUGUAUGAUACUGCAGCGGUUCUCGUUCACAAUUUCUCCAGAUUACAAACACAUGCCUGCAGACAGGAUUACCUUGCAGCCCCAGAAAGGGCUCCCGAUUGUCCUUACACCCUUGGAGGCAUGAGGGGUAUCAAUAAUGUCUUAAUUUUGCCAUCGAAACUUUGCAAUAAUUAGACUGUGAUAUCAGACUUUUAAUAGCAUAUUCCAAAGAUUACUUUUUUUUUAUUAUUUAGUUUGCUGGCCGCUGUUGUUACAGCUUUAAAAUGUUUGAAUUUGCACAUAUUAAAUUAAGAACUCAUUCAUGCUCAUAGAAAGAAUGGUAAACGGAAAAUGAUGGU